AACACAGACAUACACAGACAGCCAAGUUCAAGUUGACAAGACAAUUUCAAUAUAUAUUUUAUUUCUGAUUGGCGUCCAUUAGAAUUUUGGGCACGCGCUGGUUAUAAAGCCAAUAAACAGUCUGCACCAAAACAGACUUCAUGGCUACCUUAGUCAGUGAGUGACGGUCGCGUUGUGAGUGCGGAUCGUCAGCGGGUGGGAAUUGAAAAGUGAAACUUCGGUCGUUGCAAAGCUAAUCAGUAUAGAAUCUCGAUACACAGUUUGUAAAAAUUCCAAAUCAAUAUGCUGUUCCUCACCAGCCGGGUGGAGCACACGGCCGAGCAGGUCUUCAAAAUCAAACAACUAAGACAGCUGGUGGAGAAGUGCGACGAGCUGCGAGUGGGCACGGAGGACACGUUGCUGACCAAGUUCCUAAACUACGCGCACUGGGAUACAAUCAAGGCCUACCAGGCUAUCCACGCCUACUAUGACUUCAAGAGACGCCACCCCACCUGGGUGGCGAGGCAUCCCAUCGAGCAUUAUCGCCAGCUCUUCUACGGCACCCACUGCCGCUACGUGAUGCCACACGUCGAUCGCAACGGACGAGUGCUGGUGGUCUUCAAGACGGUGGACGGAUUCCAAAACUACCCCGACUACUUGCAGAACCUUGUAGAGAUCGACGAUUUGAUAUUCGAGUCACUGCUGCUCCUGCCGCGUGUCCAGGAGAACGGCAUAACGGUCAUCUGUGACCUUCAAGGCAGGACCACGAGGAACUUUCUGCGUCAAUUUUCGCCAUCCUUUAUGAAGGUGGUGAACGAAAAGAACGGAGUCCUGCCCUUUAGCCAGCGCGUCGUCCACAUCAUACAGCGCGGCUUCCUCAUGCACAUCACCUCAACGCUUUUUAUGCCCUUCAUGAACAAGGAGUUCAAGGAAAGAAUAUUCACCCACGACGGACGACAUCUCAGCAAACUUCGCGAAAUGGUGGGCUAUGAGUGCCUGCCAGCGGAAUAUGGUGGUCCUGCUACGAAUGUUCUCGACACGAAUUUGAUCUUCAACCACUUGAGCCAAAAUGCUAAGUACCUGGAAAAGAUACAGCACUAUGAGAAGCUAUAAAGUAUUAGAAUUAAAUAUAAAUUUAACAGAGACA